UCAUGACUUCAGUGUCGAGAGAAAAAAUUUUGUUUCAAGUUCGUUUUAAAAAUUGAAUCUUCAUAAUAUUAUCAUCAUCGUCUUCCUAAAAUUAGGGAAAGGAAGAAUUCAAUUUGAAUUCCAUAAAAUUAACCAUAAAAUGAUCCUUGAUCAUCAUCAGCCAAUCAGAGCGCUGAACGCAUUCGUUACUCAUGAAACUCAGAACUGCGUUCUUAUUGGUCAAUAUCCGUUUACAGUAAAUGUUGUCUUUUUAAUGCGAAUCCGUCCGUUCAUUGGUUCGAAGUUGAACCAAUCAGAGAGCAGUAUUCGUAUUUCAUUUUAUAUAAAUACCAGCGCUUGUAGUACCGUAAUCAUUGUACUCUUCGUUUACGUUACUGUUUGUGUCGUGUUUACUGUUUCGCUUGUCAAAAUGACUGGACGUGGUAAAGGUGGUAAAGGUUUGGGAAAAGGUGGCGCCAAACGUCAUCGUAAAGUUUUGCGUGAUAACAUCCAAGGUAUCACCAAACCCGCUAUCCGAAGAUUGGCCAGACGUGGUGGUGUCAAACGUAUUUCUGGAUUGAUCUACGAAGAAACCCGAGGCGUUCUGAAAGUGUUUUUGGAAAACGUCAUCCGUGAUGCUGUCACCUACACUGAACACGCCAAGAGGAAAACUGUCACCGCUAUGGACGUCGUUUACGCUUUGAAACGUCAAGGCAGAACCUUGUACGGUUUCGGAGGUUAAUUUCGCCACUUCAGCUUCUCUCCACCAACUCAUCAACAUCAAAACGGCCCUUUUCAGG